GGCCUCCGCCGGGUUCUCAAAGAACCGCGCGAACCGGCUGAAAGAGCCGGGAGCGAGGGGCGGGGCGGGCGGAAGUCACUGCCGGGGAAGCCAGUCUGGACCUUCCCGCCUCCUUCCUCAGGGUCCGUCCGAGCGGAGGAGGGCCAUCGCCUCCUCCUGCGAGGAGAAGGGGGGCGGAGCCCGGCUCAGGUGAGGCGACCCUAUCAGCUAGAGUGGCCUGGGCGCGCGCGCGCGCGGGGCGCGCUCACGUGCCGGCGGAUGAGCACCGGGAGCGCGCCGAGGCAUCGGGGAGCGCGCAGCCCUACCGGGGCCGCCUGUCCAGCCUGUCUUACUGCUGAGGGGUAUUGUUACCCUUCGCCUCGGCGGGGCCAGGCGGGUGGUAGCUCAGUUCUUGUGCGCAGGCGUCCCCUGUGUCCCGACGCCCGGCUGGCUGGCUGUGCGGGGUGGGGCAGGGACUAGUGCCCUGCAGAUCUCCUGCUGGACAAGGAGCCUCUCGGGAUGCUGUGAGAACCCGCGCUCGGGAUCUGCAUCCUGGCGGGAUGAGCCGAGGAGCGGCUGCCCUGCCGGAUGGAGGCGAGUGGCUCUCUUGCUCCUGCCCUGGGUCCUCCUGAACGAGGAGGUUUCGUUUCAUCAGAGCAAGGCCAUAAGCUGUCUGGAGUCGGGAGCCAGCGGCCGACAACAGGGGUGGAGUCAGCGUUUGGGAAUGCCCCAACUUGUUAGACAAAAGUGUUUAGUAGGCAUUUAUUGAAUGGCCACUUCCAGGCUUCGUGCGAGGAGCUGUGGGGUGCGGUGGUAAGAGACAGCGGUCCCAUCUUCCCCUGGAGGAACGACUGUUUUGCAAUAAACAACAGUAGAAAUAAAGGAGCGGGUUAAGGGUUUCUGCUUUGUUUUGUUUUUCUAAAGUGCCACAUAUUAUGGUCAGUCUAUGUCCGAGCAUCGUGGCGAACACUGUAGGAACCACAUUUUGGUUAUUUUUAUUUUUGGAGGAAAUUUUUUGGGUCAAAGACUCAGCAAAGUCUUGAUUACCUUAAUAGUGUGAUCUGAACCUAGGUAAUUAAAAUUAAUAAAACUCGCAAUUUUCAAGGACUGAAAGAAAAAUAUUUCCAAAAUAUGUUCUUGUACUGUUGAGUUGAAUUUACAUACAUUUUAGGUUUUUAGAGAUUGAAGGGAAUACUGUGCCUUACUUGUUCGUGAUUUGUCUUUGUAUGACAUGUUGUGCUUUAUAUGGUUUUAAAAAGUGGACCAGGCACUUGGUUAGUUUGCUAGAGAUUUUUGCUUUCAUUUGCUGAAAAAGUCUCGUGGUUGGCAGUAAGCUAAGGGCUUACUGGGUAGGGGAAAGGACAGAUGGGCAAAGGAGAGUGUUAAGAGAAAAGCUGGCAAGCUAAAGGAAGGCCUUCCGCUGGCCACUUUAACCCUUCUGGAAAGCUCAGCAAGCAGCUUGGGAAAACAAGUGAGGCAGAGCUGGCGCGCUGCAGCCUCGGUGACCCACCAGGACAAUGGAUUUUCCUGGUCACUUUGAGCAGAUCUUUCAGCAGCUGAACUACCAGAGACUUCAUGGGCAGCUGUGUGACUGUGUCAUUGUCGUGGGGAACAGGCAUUUCAAAGCCCACCGCUCUGUGCUGGCAGCAUGCAGUACGCAUUUCCGAGCACUGUUCUCAGUGGCAGAAGGAGAUCAGACCAUGAACAUGAUCCAGCUAGAUAGUGAGGUGGUGACAGCUGAGGCCUUCGCCGCCCUGAUUGACAUGAUGUAUACCUCCACUCUCAUGCUAGGGGAGAGCAACGUUAUGGAUGUCUUAUUGGCAGCCUCUCACCUGCAUCUGAACUCUGUUGUUAAGGCAUGUAAACAUUACCUGACGACAAGGACGCUCCCCAUGUCUCCCUCUAGUGAGCNUGCUCAGGAGCAGAGUGCCCGCAUGCAGCGCUCUUUUAUGCUGCAGCAGCUGGGACUCAGCAUUGUGAGCUCAGCCCUCAGUUCCAGCCAGAGUGCUGAGGAGCAGACAGCCCCCAUGAGCUCAUCCAUGCGCAGCAGCCUGGACCAGCGGACACCCUUCCCCAUGAGACGCCUUCAUAAGCGCAAGCAGUCAGUAGAGGAGCGGGCCCGGCAGCGCUUGCGAUCCUCCAUGGAGGAAUCUGCCAUUUCAGAUGUUACUCCAGNGAGCGGGCCUUNNGGAGUUCAUUCCCGGGAGGAGUUUUUCUCACNGGAUUCUCUGAAAAUUGUGGAUAAUCCUAAACCCGAUGGGAUGGCUGACAACCAGGAAGACAGCGCCAUGAUGUUUGAUCGACCUUUUGGUGCCCAAGAAGAUGCUCAAGUGCCCAGCCAGUCAGAUGGCAGUGCUGGCAACAUGGCCUCUCGGGCAACUCAGGUUGAAACUAGUUUUGAACAAGAGGCAGCUGAGAAAGGCAGUUUCCAGUGUGAGAAUCCUGAGGUUGGCCUUGGGGAGAAGGAACACAUGAGAGUGGUGGUGAAGUCCGAGCCCCUGAGCUCUCCUGAGCCGCAGGAUGAAGUGAGCGACAUGACCUCCCAAGCAGAGGGCAGUGAGUCUGUGGAGGUGGAAGGAGUGGUGGUCAGUGCCAAGAAGAUAGACCUCAGCCCUGAAAGCAGUGACCGGAGCUUUUCUGAUCCCCAGUCCAGCACCGACAGGGUCGGGGANAUCCACAUCUUGGAAGUCACGAAUAAUCUAGAACAUAAGACCUCUUUUAGUAUUUCCAAUUUUCUCAACAAGAGCAGAGGGAGUAACUUCAGUGCAAGUCAGAGCACUGAUGACAACCUCCCAAACACUACCAGUGACUGUAGGCUCGAGGGCGAGGCCCCUUACCUGUUGAGUCCAGAGGCUGGGCAAGCAGGUGGGCCUUCCUCUGCCCCUGGUUCCCAUGUAGAGAACCCGUUCAGUGAGCCUGCAGACUCCCACUUCGUCAGACCUAUGCAGGAAGUGAUGGGCCUGCCCUGUGUGCAGACCUCAGGCUACCAAGGAGAACAGUUCGGGAUGGAUUUUUCCAGGUCUGGCUUGAGUCUCCACUCUUCUUUCUCCAGGGCCAUGAUGGGCUCCCCACGGGGAGGAGCCAGUAACUUUCCAUACUACCGACGAAUAGCUCCAAAAAUGCCAGUGGUAACUUCUGUCAGNAGCUCACAAAUCUCUGAAAACUCAGCCAGUUCCCAGCUAAUGAUGAACGGGGCCACCUCAUUUGAAAAUGGCCACGCCUCCCAGCCUGGCCCUCCGCAGUUGACCAGGGCGUCUGCUGAUGUCUUGUCAAAGUGCAAAAAGGCCUUAUCAGAGCACAAUGUCUUGGUUGUGGAAGGAGCUCGAAAGUAUGCCUGCAAAAUCUGCUGUAAAACCUUCCUGACUCUGACAGACUGCAAGAAGCACAUCCGGGUCCACACAGGAGAAAAGCCGUACGCCUGCCUCAAGUGUGGCAAANGGUUCAGUCAGUCCAGCCACCUGUAUAAACACUCGAAGACGACCUGCCUGNGCUGGCAGAGCAGCAACCUCCCCAGCACCCUGCUCUGAUCUCUCCUCGCCACAGUGCACAGGCCAGUCUGCACCGAAGCUAAAACUGCUAUGGGCAGGCAGCUCCUGCCACUGGACUCAGUCUCACUGUCCAGUGGCUCUCAUGAAUUUCAGCCAAGAGUAAGCAGAGAACUGUUACCCUGCACAUUNCUUAGGGUGGAGGAAUGCAGUCCUAAANUAGUUUGUCAUUAUUGUUAAGAAUAUNGAAUUGGAAAAUGAAAGUGCAGAAAACAUUUUAACACUAUUUUAAAGCUCUGUGAAGCAUUUAAUUAAAUGUCCUGUAUCCUGUGAUGGGAGUAUUCCAUCCCUGUACAGCAAUGCAAAACAUACUGUGUGUAACCAGGUGACUUGGUGCUAUCUGAAAAAAAGGCCCUGGAGGACAGGCCUGUCUGCCACAGAUGCUUAAAGUGUNUCCUGAGCUAGUCACAGGCACUGCCCUCUGAUGGUGCUUACACUGGGUCCAGGGAGAUAUGCCCUUGGACUAACAGGUGUAUAGACUUUUGAAUACAUCGCUAUGGCAUUGGUGGUUUUAGUAACUUUUCUGUUUGUUUUAAGAACUAAAGUUGUAAUGGAGUGUGUACUUGUAGGAGUGACAGUGAGGUGUUUCUGUCCGUGCUGUGUUAGCAGGGUUUUAACCAACAUGUAUUUCUGAUACUGUAUUUGUUUGAUGUAAGUGGGAAGCUAGUGUCCAUCUUUCCUCUGGUGAUAUGGAGUCCUGUGUAUGGGUUCUCACGGCGCAUUUGCCUUUCACUCCAUCUGGAUGCCCAAGGCCACCCAAGGUCAGCUGCUCUUGACCUUGUCACCUCUCAUUCCCAAGCCCCAUAGAACACCUCUCCUGGGUGUAACCAGUUAGACUAACCACAGCGGCGCUGCUGCUGUGGUUUUAUUCCUGUUCUGUAGCUCUCACAGCUACACCUCAGCUUCCAGUGGUGGCCCUCCUUUAACUCAGUGUUGAAUCAGACUUAACUGUAGGAGUGUUCAUGUCUCAGUUCUUCACAGGCUCCGGAAGAGUCAGGCAGCCUGCAGCAUAGAAUUCACC